AUUUAGUGUCAUUAAUCAAUAAUACUUAUGGGCCAUUUAGUAUUAUGGGUUUAGUCACACUCAGAUACAAUUAUUAAUGUUUUAGUGUUCUAAAAAUGAAUAUUUUACUCUUUAGAAUACAUUAUCACUUUCCAAUUGCACUGCUCCAUACUAGUGCUGGGAAUAUGAGAUAUUAUUCGUAGGUCCUGCCCCGUUUGAUCUGUUGCGGAUUACCCGCAAAUUUCAGCAGGGCGGAUACGGGUAUAUCAUUUUUUCUUCGUGGGUUAUGCGAAUCAGAAUUAUAAAAAAAUGAAUCGACUCGCGGUUUAGCGAGUCAGAUAGGACGUAUUGAUCAGCGAAAUCCAACUCUGCUUCAUAUACACUUUCUCUUUGUGCAAUGUCCUUUUCGUUGGACAAGCUAAAGUCUCUUAAAGUAACUACCAACUAAAAUUGUCCUAACUAAACAAAAAACACAACCAAACAACAAGACCUCUUUUCGUUGGACAGAAGGACAUUUCAUCGAAAACACUUAUUGGACUCCGUGAAAGUGCUCUACAAGUAGAUUAUGUCUCAUAAAAGAUAAAAAGUGUCUAUCUGGUAAUGCUCUCUCUAAAAAUUUGGUGCAUGUGUUCGCCUAAUCAACAAAUUAUGUAUGAACGAAUUGUUUUUUCAAAUUGUUUUUUUUAAGAAUCGAUCUAAAUUAAAUAUUCAAAGAACUGGUCCAGGCAUCCGUUCAAACACUAGUUAUCUAUUUAUCUUAUAUGUCUAAGUAACCACCGCCCUAACGAUUUUUUGAGCAAUGGUUAAGACCAAAUAAAAGUCAUACGAGGUGCAUACUCAUCACAACGUUGGCAUGGUUUUAGAUUGUUUUGGUUAAUUCAAGUCAUCGCUAUAGUGUGUUUUAGAGCAUGCAUUGAAAAGAUUGAACGUUUUCAAUGUUUUAUAUACAUCUUCCAAAAAAUGUAAGUAGAGCAGCUAUUCAUCUUAAUGUAUAGACUUAUCUCACCUUCUCACUUCAUAUUUUACACGCAAUCUGAAAACAAAAAAAAGUAUUUUAAUAGCGAGAGAAGGUUAGUCUCAUACAGUGUAUUUUCAAUUAUCUUUUUUGGUUGAUUAAAUAUCAUUUCUUUAACCAUCACAUGUAUGAAUAUUUGUUGUUAGAUACUUGUCUGAAUCGUGCCUUUUCCGAGUCCCAAGCUUUAUAUGGAAACAAAUGUGAUUCUCUGCUCUUGAUGUCACUCCAUUUGUCUAACUCCUUAUAUGACAUAAGAGUCACCCCUUGAAGUAUAUGAUUAAACAGAUCUCGAGAUGCGGUUAAAGCAUAUUUGUAAUCAAUAUAUGCUAAUUAAUUAACAAAAUAAGUAUGAUACCGGAUCGUUUGGUCUAGAGAUUUGUUUCGAGCUAACUAUUCUUCUCUUUACCCUCUUUUUUCCCUCUCGUUUGAUUACAAUAUCAGUAUUAUUUAUUUGGGUGUUCUCUUCUACCAAACUUUCCUCUUAUUAUAUCAAACUUUCAAAUGGAAUGUCCGAGACUUUUCUUGCAAAACAAAUCACUAGUGUUAUUAUUGUAUUGUUAUGUUUUCGAUUUAAUAACUAUCUUAUAGCUUUGACAGAUUUUUUUUUAUCUAUUUAAUUUGUUAGAUUUCCAAUAUAGUUUAUGAAAAAAAAUCUUUGUGUUUGGAAUUCAAUAAGUUUAGUUGGCACAUUAUUAAUUCAUGUUAAACGAAGCUAUUAUAAGAAAAGAACAGCCAUAAUAGUAGGGACAUAUUCGACUUUUACAAGGUCAACCUCAGAGAAGCUCCUUCCGUUCCUACAACCGCAAGUCAAAGGUUUGAAGAUGUUAUUAUAGAAGUAGUUAUGGUUGUAUCUGUCGUUCUUCUAUCUGAUGAACGAGGCCGUUGAAGCCAACACACAGACAACGGUAAAAAUGGAUAGACGACGUCGUAGACAGAGCAAGGCCAAAGCGUCGUGUUCCGAAGAAGUGAGUAGCAUAGAAUGGGAAGCUGUGAAGAUGACGGAGGAAGAAGAAGAUCUCAUUUCUCGGAUGUAUAAACUCGUCGGAGACAGGUGGGAAUUGAUAGCCGGAAGGAUUCCAGGACGGACGCCGGAGGAGAUAGAAAGAUAUUGGCUUAUGAAACACGGUGUCGUUUUUGCCAACCGACCAAGAGAUUUUGUUAGGAGAUGAUAAACGUAUUUUUUUCUUUUUUUUAAUUCACAAGACAAGAAAAAAGGAAAGUAUUGUCCUUUGGAUUACUAUUUUGGAAUGUAUAAUCAUCUCUAUAUAUAUUUUUUUCUUAGGAGCUUUAAUUUAUUAUCAUUGAUUCUAUAA